AUGACGUCAAACAUCGAGUCCGUUGCAUUUCUUGGCGCCAGCACCGGUGUUGGCCUUGCUGCCCUCAAACGCACUCUCGCUGCCGGACACAAAUGUAUUGCGCUGUGCCGUGAUCCCUCUAAACUCACUGCCAUCUUCCCUUCAGGGUCAACACCAAAUCUGAAAGUUAUCAAAGGCAAUGCACACGAUAUCACCGCCGUAUCGCAGUGCCUCCAAGCCGACAAUGGCCGCAUCGUCGAUGUCAUCGUGUCCACUAUCGGCGCCAAGCCACGUGGAAUGACAGUUGACGAUCCGGAUGUCUGCAAGAAAGGCGCAGCAACUCUGCUAGAUACCCUUGCCCAGCUUCGAAGUACCGGCAUUACCGGAAAUCCCCACAUAAUCGCUUGCAGUACAGUGGGCUUCUCCCGCUUCGGUCGCGAUGUUCCUGUCGCUAUGGUGCCUGUCUAUUACCUGUUUGUCAAAGUCCCCGGAGCAGACAAGGUAGUCAUGGAAGACCGUUUUGCGAAGAGCGGGGAAACAUUCACAAUCAUCCGUGCUAGUCACCUCACUGAUGGCGAGUCGAACAAGACUAUCCGUGUGGGCAUCGAGGAUCCCAAGACUGGUCCGGAGUCUAGAACUGUUGGGUAUACUAUCUCUCGGGAGGAUGCGGGGAGGUGGCUCGCCGAGAAUCUUGUCUUGAAAAUCGACGCGAAGUAUGUGAACAAGAAUGUGACUGUUACAUACUGA